AUGUUUUCCAUUAUUUUCUUUCAUUCUUUCCUUCUUUCUUUCUUUCUUUCUUUCUUUCUUUCAUUCUUUCCUUCUUUCUUUCUUUCUUUCAUUCUUUGUCUUCUUUCUUUCUACAUAUGGCGACUUCUUUUACAUCUCUUAACUUCAUUUUCUUUCUUUUUUACAUAUUCACAUCGUUUUCUCUCUCACUUCUUUCUUCCUUUUUCGUUCACCUUUAUACUUUUCCAUUUAUCUUUCAAUUUGAUUUUUUCUGUCUUUUUUCUUUUUCUGUCUUUUUUAAUAAAAUGGCGUCUGUUAUUUUCCAAUUUUCAUUUUCACAUUCUCUUUAAUCUCUACUUUUUCUUUCUUUCACUUCUUUUCUCGAAUCUCUCUCUCAUCUACUUUCCCCCCCCUUUCCUUUCUCAUUACAUCUUCUAUUCUCCUCCUCUUUAUUUCCUUUCUUUGCUUCUAUUUUGCUUUUAUUUGUUUUUCGUUCUCGUUCUUUUCUCUCUCAUGUUUUCAUUGUUUGUUUUUUCUCCUUUUUUGUUCACUCAUUUUUCCUUUUUGAUGUUCUUUCCUUUUUUCUUAACUCUUUUCUUCUUCUUCUUCUCUCUUUUUUUUGCUUCUAUUUCAUUUCUUUUUUUAUUUCUAUGCGUUCUCAUAUGUUUCUUCUUAACUAUUUUUUUGUCUCUUUUAUAUUCUUUCCAUUUAUAUCUAUUUACUCUCAAGUUUUUCUUCAUCAUUCCUUUUCUCUCUUUUUUCUCUCUUUUCUUUUUCUUUUCUCUUUUCAGUUUUACCAUUUUAAUUUCUGUCUCUUUUCCCUUUCUUUUAUCACUUUUCUUUAUCUUUUAUUUUACUUUCCACAUUUUUUUCUGUUUUCUUCUUUUGUUAUCCCUUUUCGUUUUUUCUUUUCUCUUCUUUUCUUCCUUCCUUUCUUUCUUUCUCCCUUUGCUUUUAUCUCUUAUCUUUUCUUUCUAUUUUCUUUUUCUCACAGGUUCAUUUUUCUUUUGCCUCCUUUUUCUCAUCCUUAUUUUCACUUCUUUUUUCGUCUUUCGCAUUUCUUAUUCUCUUCUCUCAUUUUUAUUUUUCCCAUUGCACAUUUUUAUUCUCUCUUUUCGCUUUUUUUUCCUCGUUGUUUUUCUUCUUGCUCUUUUUUCUUUUUCUUCUUUCUUUUCUUCUGUCUUUCUACCACUAAUUUUGCUUACUUUUAUUGAAUCUUUCUUUUACCUUGUUUUUUUUUUCACUGUUUUUAUUCUCUUUCAACUCUUUCUUUCUUUAUUCAUUCUCCCCUUCAUUUCUCCUGCUCUUUCUCCAUUUUUUAUUUCUUUUCUCUCUUUUUACUUCCUUCUUUUACAAAUAAACUUUUCUUCUUCAAAUUUUAUUUCUCUUCCUUCUCUUUUCUUUUAUAUUGGCCUAUCUCUUCUUCACCUUUAUUUUUCUUCUUCCUCUUUACUUAUACUCAUCUCCCGUUUUCUUCAUUCCCUAUUUGUCUGUUUCUCGGUUUAUCAUUCUUUCUUUUUUCUUCAACUGCAUUUCUCUUUUUUCUUAGUUUUUUCUUUCUUAUACUCUCAUUCAUUGUCUAUAGUUUUUCUCUUCAUUUUUUUCUUCUCUCGUCACUUUUAUCUCUCUUUUCUUCUCCCUUCCAUUUCCUCUCUCUUUUCUUCUCUCUUCCCUUUCAUAUCUCUUUUCUUCUCUCUUCCCUUUCAUAUAUUUUUUCUUCUCUCUUCCCUUUCAUCUCUCUUGUAUUCUCUCUUCUCUUUCAUCUCUCUUUUCUUCUCUCUUCUCUUUCAUCUCUCUUUUCUUCUCUCUUCACUUUCAUCUCUCUUUUCUUCUCUCUUCUCUUUCAUCUCUCUUUUCUUCUCUCGUCCCUUUCAUCUCUUUUUUCUUCUCUCUUCCAUUUCAUAUGCCUUUUCUUCUCUCUUCCCUUUCAUCUCUCUUCCCUCUCUCUUUUCAUCUCCCUUUUCUUCUAUUUCUUUCGAACAUUCUACUUCUUCUCCAACUUCUACAUGUCUUCUUCUUCUUUUUCAUCUUCGUCUCUCUCUACAUUACUUUUUCAAAAACUAUCUGACCUAUUCACAUCUAUCUAUCUAUCUAUCUAUCUAUCUAUCUAUCUAUCUAUCUAUCUAUCUAUCUAUCUCUUCCACUCUGUUCCUAUCUAUCUAUCUAUCUAUCUAUCUAUCUAUCUAUCUAUCUAUCUAUCUAUCUAUCCCAGUCUAUUCAAAUGUAUCUACCGUGACGGAUCGGUGUUCUGUCAAGCACCCUCCUUGA